AGCUAUUCACACACCAAAUGGGAACCUUCAACUCAGCUCAUGCUCUUAGUUGUGAUCGAUAAAUAUCACCUUCCGCAUCCUCAUUUUCUUCAACUUAUAACCUUCUUGUAGUUCAACAAUUCUCUUUUUCCUUUAAACGCUUCCUUUGAUCAGUUUUCCAAGUAAAAAACUCAUCAUCAUGGGUGUUUUCACAUAUGAAACAGAGUUCACCUCUGUCAUCCCACCAGCAAGGCUGUUCAAGGCUUUCAUCCUCGACGCCGAUACCCUCAUCCCCAAGAUUGCUCCAUCUGCAGUCAAAGGUGCUGAAAUCGUUGAAGGCGAUGGAGGCGUUGGAACCAUCAAGAAAAUUACCUUUGGUGAAGGCAGCCAAUUCGGGUUUGUGAAGCACAGGGUCGAUGGGAUCGACAAGGACAAGUUUUCUUACAGCUACACUUUGAUUGAAGGAGAUGCCUUGUCUGACGUAAUCGAGAAGAUCGCUUAUGAGACCAAGUUGGUGGCAUCCCCCGACGGAGGAUCCAUCAUCAAGACCACCAGCCACUACCAUGCCAAGGGAGAUGUUGUGAUCAAGGAGGAGCAAGUUAAGGCUGGCAAAGCAAAGGCUUCCGGUCUCUUCAAGCUUGUUGAAGACUACCUAACGGCCAACCCUGAUGCCUACAACUAAAACCAAACUUGUUUGUAUUUGUAAUUUGGGUUCUACCAGUUUCAUUGUCAGUUAAAGGUGUCGGUUUGCCAUGGACUUGGUACAUCAAGUGUCUGUUUGUCCAGUUGUUCAUGAUAUAUGUUACACUUUGUUUGUUUGUUUGUUAUUAUGAAGUCAAUAUGUUCCAGUUGAAAUCACAUUAAAAGAUUGAAUUGUUGUAUUUUAUAUGAAAUAUUGAAGGUUGAAAGUUGAUCUGGUACUCAA